UCUUCGUUAUAUAAACACUAAACUAAACCACCAAUUCUGUACCACUGCAUUCAUCCAGCUUUGAACUUUCAGAUAUAACACAAAUCAAUUUCGAGCUGAUGUCGAAUUCUGCAAACUCCGGUAUAAUUCCACCAUCGUACCCUUUAAUCGGCUCUCUUCCGGCAAUCUUAGCGAAUCGAAACCGGCCGAUCCAAUGGACAUCCGACAUUCUUUUGGCUUCACCCUCUUCAACUUUCAUCCUUCAGCGUCCAUUCGGCGAACAGAGUGUCUUGACAGCAAACCCUGUCAAUGUCAAGCACAUGUUGGAGACCAACUUCAGAGUCUACCAAAAGGGUGAAGCCUUUCGGACCACUUUAUCAGACUUAUUCGGUGAAGGCAUGUUCCUGUCGGAUGGCGAAAAGUGGAAGUCACAGCGACAGGCUAUGAGCCAUGCAUUCGACAGUGAAGCAUUCUUCAACUACUAUCAAAUCUUGGUUUCUACUAAGCUAAAUGAAGACCUCCUUCCUAUCUUAUCAUCUGCAGCUGCUAAUGAAACAACUCUGGAUCUUCAGGACAUUCUUGAGAGGUUCGAUUUGGACACAAUCUGCCAGGUUGCUUGUGGAUAUGAGGCCAAGUCAUUAGAGCCAUCACUACAGUUCUCUGAAAUAAAACAGGCUUUUCAUGAUUCAUUAAGGAUAAUCAAUCAAAGACUUACUGAACUUUCAGCUCUGGUUUGGAAAACUAAGAAGCUACUGAAUGUAGGAUCUGAGAAGACGCUCCGGGAGGGGAUUACGCGGAUCAGAAACCUCAUCACAGACAGAGUCGCAAACAAGAUGGAAGAAUACAACAAGAAUAGCUCACUGGAAUCCCUCGAUUUCUUAUCUUUGUUGAUAAUGUCCGGCCAGUGUGACAAAAAGUUUCUUGAGGAUUCAGUUAUCAACUUCAUUCUUGCUGGUCUGGAGUCGACCUCGGCUGUACUAACAUGGUAUUUCUGGUUAUUAUCUAGCAACCUAGAUGUGGAAAACAAGAUUCUGGAAGAAAUUAAGGUGUCUUCAGAAGACAGUGCCAACUUAGUUUACAUUUAUGCUUCCAUUUACGAAAGCAUGAGGCUCUAUCCCUCUGUUCCAGUCGACUCCAGGGAAGCCAUAGAAGAUGACGAAUUCCCUGAUGGCACGAAGGUGAAGAAAUGCUCAAGAGUAAGUUAUCAUAAUUACGCGAUGGGAAGGUCUGAAAAUUUGUGGGGAGCCGAAUGGCCAUCUUUCAACCCUGACCGAUGGUUAGCUAAAAAUGAGGAUACCGGGAAAAUGACUUUGAUACUAAGAGACUCUUUUAGCUACCCAGAAUUCCACGCAGGGCCUAGAGCUUGUAUGGGCAAGGACAUGGCUAUCUGGAAGAUGAAGACUGUAGCCGCUGGUAUUCUAAAGCAGUUUCAUGUGGUGUCUGCCCUAGAGGAAGGAGUUGAACCAAACUAUAUUUCUUUCUUCAAUUCUAAGAUGGAAGGUGGGUUUCCAGUGAAUAUUAAAGAAAGGGCUUAGAAUAUUAGUCAUAUACAUUUGGCUUUACCUAUUAGUACUUUCAAGUUUCAUUUGAUGAUAAGUAUCUAGAUAAAAUUGCAGAUCUAUUUGUUCAAAUAUGGAAUCCCUAAUCAUGUAACAAAGGCAAUUGUUUCUCACAGAUUACGCCAAGAGUAUUUACUGCAUUAGUGCAUGGUCAAUAAACAAGCUAGUAGCACUUCUUAUUAAUUUUUAA